AUGGAUGUCUAUUGGGAAUUAGCAGAUUUUGAUAUACGCACUCGUCAACAUGGCAUGGAAAAAUUAUUGGAAUCUUUGAAAAAUUUAUCAUCUGAUGAUAACAAUGUGAAAAGUUUAUCAUCUCAAAUGGAUUAUACUAUUUCACGAUUAAUUAAAGGUCUAGUAUCAAAUCGUAAAUGUGCUCGUAUUGGUUAUGCUGCAACUCUUGGCACACUUGCAAGUCUUACGGAUGAUCAAUUGAAAAUGUCUUCAGUUGAUGAUUUUAUUUCAUCAGUACAGAAUAAAUUAACAACAAAAAAAGAAACUGGUGUUGAAGAUGCAAAAAAUGUUCGUAUUGGUCGUGUACUUAGUUAUAUUGCAUUGGCUUAUACACAAAAAGAUAAUGAUUUAUCAAUUUUAUUACAAAAAAUCAUACCUGAUUUACUUUCAAUGCGUACACAAGAAACACGACGACGAUUAAGAGCAUUUAUUGAUGCAUCAAUUGUUCAAUUAGCUAAAUGGAGUGGUCGUAAAUUGUUUAAAAAAGAAAUCUUGCCUCAUAUUCAAGAACUUCUACCGACAAAUUGGCAAAUGGGCGAUGAUGGAACAAAAUCUUUAUUUUUAUUUGUUUCAUUAGUUAAUCUCUAUCCUAAAAUGUUCGAUCAAGAAUAUUUUCGAUUACAUUGGAAUAAUAAUAUGUUACCAUUAGGAAAAACAAAUGAUGAACAAAUGAUAAUAAAAAAAUGUUUACAAUCAUUUGAUAAUGAACUUCAUUUACUUCAACAAUUAUGCCAAGAAUUACUUAUCUAUGCAAUUCGUACUCAACAAUUAGCAUUAUUUUGGCCAGUACUUGUUGAUGAAUUAUUAAAUAUUGGACUUGAUUCGAAUAAAGGACAUAUUUUACUUGAUUUAAUAACAUUUUGUUUUCAAGAACAAGAAAAUUUGAAUUCUAUUUAUACGAUUGAAACUAUUCUCGAUAGUAGUCAAACAUUAUUUAGUAAAAUAUUUGAUUUAUUAUCAUCAUCAGGAAGAAAAUUGCAUCAACAAGCAUCAAUUACAUUAUCAAAAGAUGCUUUUGAAAAACUCGCACAUACAAUUGCUAAUCGACCAUUGAAAGAACGAUUAUAUUUAUUUGAAAAAUUAUUAAAUUGUGCCAAUAAAAAUUACACAUGUAUUCAUUCAGUUGCUAAUGCUGUAACAGAAAAGUUAACUAUUGAUGAACUAUUAAUCUAUGUUAAACAUAUCAUUGGUUUGUUCUGCACAGUUUUCACGGAAGACGAAAGUGCUCUUGAUCGCCGUCGACAUUUUCUUCUUGAAAUGCUUUCGAAUGUAUGUAAUUGUUCAUCAUUCGAUUUAAAGAACAAAUCAUGUGGUUCAGUCUUCGAAAAUAUUCUUGCAAUAUGUGUUCUUCUAGCUAACUUUAAAUUAAAUAAUCAUAUACCAAAACAAUUGCGUGAAUUUCUUCAUGGAAAUAUUGAAAUUUCAGAUGUAACACGAGAACAUAUUGAAGAUAUUAUAUAUAAAUUUCUUAUGUAUGAAUUUCACGAAAAUCAAUAUGAACACAGUUUAAGUGUUUUUCAAAAAUCAAUCCAAUGGUUGCAAUCAACGAAACAUUUUUCACCAUUAUUUAAACAUGUCGAAGAAAUAAAACAAUAUUUAAAUGAACAAAGUGAAGAAUUAUUUCAAAUUAUUCAAGGAGAUACGAUUCAAUCAUUACCCGAUGAAAAACUUCGAUUAGCAUUUCAACAAGUAUUUGUUUUAAGUUUCUACGAUCUUUUCGUUGAUUUUAAUCGUGCUAAACAAUAUCUUGAUGAUUUGAUUCCAUGCAUAAAAAAUGCUCGUAUUCAACUUGUGUUGAAAAAGAAAGUUAAAGAAGAAUCGUCAUGGAUUGAAGUAUUUAUUGAUAUACUUUUAUCGAUGGAUACUAAAAAGCAGCAUGAUAUUCGAUCAAUUGUUAAAAAAAUUUAUCAUCAAAUAGCACCUUAUCUUAAUGAAAAUGCAUUGAAACUGAUGCUUCAAACGAUUACUGUGGAAAAUGAAAGUGAUCAUGAAGACGAAGAUGAAGAUGAAGAUGAAGAUGAAGAUGAAGAUGAAGACGACGAUGAUGAUGAUGAUAGUGAUGAUGAUGAUGAUGAUGAUUCGGAUAUUGAAGAAGAAGAACUUAUUGAAAAUGGUAAUGUCAAUGAAGAUCUUCGACAAGCUGUUGAAAAAGCACUUGGUAAUGCAGCAGCAAAAGAAGAUCAAGAAAAUCCAACAUUAACUGAAAAACAAGCAUCAACUUUACUUGAUGCCGUUUCAGUAGCAAUUAAAGCAAAGCCCAUCAAUAGUGAUAAACAACGUAAACAACUUCUUAAUCUUUUACAAUCAUUUAAGAAAAGAUUUCAAUUAACAAUCAAUCAAGAAGUUAUGAAUAUGUUGAGAACAAAACGAAAAUUAUCAUCAAUUACAACAACAACAAUAACAGCCAAUGAUGAAACAAAUAAUAAGCCAAAAAAAUUGAAAACAAAUCCUACAAAUGUCUCCAAUGGAGAUAAUAAAGAAUCGAUUGUCGAUUGUCGACAAAUACCAUUUAAAGGAAUUAGUGUUAAAACAUAA